AUGCCGGCCAAGAAAAAGACCGAUGGCGCCGGAGGUGUACCUUCAAUCGCUGCGAGGAAGACUGUCGCGAAGACUACAGCAGUGCGUAAGGCACCUGCUAAAGAGGGCCCUCCUACGGACGAAUAUGUUGCGAAAGACACGAUAUCUGUCCAGGCCACGAAGGAAAAUCCGAAGUCUGGGAGGCAAUCUCGAAGACUCCAUCACCAUGCAGACAGCUUCGACGCGGCGCUAGAACCCUUCUACUAUGACAAGUCUCUGACGGAUCCUAUCGAUACUGCUCGAGACAAAUGGAACCUGCUCCCUGCCUUCCUGAAGGUGAAGGGCCUCGUCAAGCAGCAUGUGGACUCAUUUAACCAUUUCGUCGAUGUCGAGUUGAAAAAGAGCAUCGACGCUGAGCCGAUCAUUACAAGCGACAUUGAUCCGAAGUUCUACAUCAAAUAUGAAAACAUCUACAUUGGAAAGCCCUGCAGAAUUGACGAGAUGGAGAAGUUCUGGCGAAAAGAAUUCAGAGAGUCCAGUGUCACUCCCAAUGAAUGUCGCCUGCGAGAUCUUACCUAUGCAGCUCCAAUUCUGGCCGAUAUCCGAUACACGAAGACGAAGGAUGCAUAUCGCAACAAGGGCGUGCCAAUUGGACGCUUGCCAUUGAUGUUGCGAAGUAACAAAUGUGUUCUUGCCAACAAGUCGGAAGCCGAGAUGUGCGCGAUGGAUGAAUGUCCCUUGGACCCUGGUGGCUAUUUCAUUGUCAACGGCACUGAGAAGGUCAUUUUGGUCCAAGAGCAGCUCAGCAAGAAUCGGAUCAUUGUCGAGGCUGAUCCAAAGAAAGACCUGAUCACUGCCUCGGUUACCAGCUCCACCCACGCGAGAAAGUCAAAGAGCUAUAUUGUGCUCAGGAAAGACCUCUUAUACAUGAAGCACAAUAUUCUCAAGGAGGACGUUCCUAUUUGUGUCUUGUUGAAAGCAAUGGGCGUGUCUUCUGAUAUGGACAUGAUGAAUAUCGUUGCUGGCCCCGACCACACCCUGCAGGAGGACUUCGCGAUCAACUUCGAGGAAACGAUCAAGAAUCAAGUCCAUACGCAGCAACAGGCCCUAGAGUACAUUGGAGCGCGUCUCAAAAUCACCGCAAAGUCGACCCCUUUCGGACAAGCUCGCAGAAAUUUCGUCCAGGAAGCUGUGGAAGCCAUCAGUUCCGUCUUCAUUGCGCAUGUUCCAAUAGAAGAUCUCAAUUUCAGACCCAAGGCCCUCUAUGUAGCCCAUAUGGCACGCCGUGCCCUGAUGGCAAAGCGAAAUCCGGCCCUAGUUGAUGACCGAGAUUACGUCGGUAACAAGCGGCUAGAGCUAGCAGGGCAGUUACUGUCGCUGCUCUUCGAGGACUUGUUCAAAAAGUUCAAUUACGAAAUAAAGCUGAAGAUCGACAAAGAGCUGAGGAAACAAAAUAAGACCGCCUUGGUCGACCCUGUUAGAAUCAUGGUCGGUGCUCAAGGACAUAUUACUCAAGGCAUGAACAGAGCGAUCGCCACAGGCAAUUGGAACUUGAAGCGAUUUCGAAUGGACAGGGCCGGUGUUACCCACCUGCUCAGUCGGUUGAGCUUCAUUUCCUCCCUCGGUAUGAUGACUCGAAUAUCGAGUCAAUUCGAGAAAACUCGCAAAGUCAGUGGCCCUAGGGCGCUCCAACCAUCAUCAUUUGGCAUGCUUUGUCCAGCAGAUACGCCUGAAGGUGAAGCCUGUGGUCUGGUAAAGAACCUCGCUUUGAUGACACACAUUACAACAGACGACGAGGAGGCACCGAUCAAACGGCUGAUCUUCAUGCUAGGCGCUGAAGAUAUAGCCACCGUCGGUGGAACAGAACUCUACGCUCCGGGAUCGUACCUUGUGCUGUUGAACGGUACUCCUGUAGCCACUACCCGGCAACCCUCACAUUUUCUAUCUUCGUUUCGACGUCUGCGCAGAUCAGGACGAAUCUCCGAGUUCGUAUCUAUCUUCAUCAACCACCACCACAACACAAUCCAGGUGGCAACAGAUGAAGGUCGGAUUUGCCGGCCCCUGAUUAUUGUUGAGGAUAAAAAAUCCAAGGUCACCAAACGAUAUUUGAAAUCCCUUAGGCAGGGCUCAAUGGACUUUGACGACUUUCUGGCCCGCGGUCUCGUGGAAUACCUGGAUGUCAACGAAGAAAAUGAUAGCAAUAUCGCCAUGUAUGAAUCCGACAUCAACGCAACGACCACUCACUUGGAAAUUGAACCCUUCACAAUUCUUGGGGCAGUGGCAGGCUUGAUUCCAUAUCCUCAUCACAACCAGUCGCCUCGAAACACUUAUCAAUGCGCUAUGGGGAAACAAGCUAUCGGUUUUAUUGCCAAUAACCAAUUCUUGAGGAUCGAUACGUUACUAUAUCUUAUGGUCUAUCCUCAGAAACCAUUGGUGAAAACGAGAACCAUCGAAUUGGUGAAAUAUGACAAACUCCCUGCUGGUCAGAACGCGACGGUGGCUGUCAUGUCAUAUAGUGGUUACGAUAUCGAGGAUGCUCUUGUCCUUAACAAAGCAUCGGUUGAUCGCGGUUUUGGUCGCUGCCAGGUCCUUCGCAAGUAUCCCGUCAGCAUCAAGACAUACGCCAAUGAGACCACCGACAUGGUUUAUCCUCCUUCGAAGAACAGUGAUGGCACAAUAGCCAAAGGCCAUGCUCUGCUAGAUUCAGAUGGGGUAGCAUGUGUCGGUGAAAAGGUCAGUAGCGGGGAAAUCUAUGUCAACAAGUACGUACCGAGGAACGCCAACUCUUCAGGCCUAUCAGAGAAUGGCUCUGAUAGUCCUCGCACUUUUGGGAUGGAUCCACAGCCACAAAAGUAUCGGCUUCCGGACCCUAGUUACAUUGACAAAGUAAUGGUGACCGAAGUCGACGGUAACCAGAUCAUCAAGAUUCAGACAAGGCAGACGAGGGUCCCAGAAGUUGGCGACAAGUUCUCCUCCCGACACGGGCAGAAAGGUGUUGUAGGAAUCAUUGCUGAGCAGGUCGAUAUGCCCUUCUCAGAUCUGGGUAUCACGCCAGACAUUAUCAUGAACCCUCACGGUUUCCCCUCUCGAAUGACGGUGGGCAAAAUGCUGGAGCUCGUUUCUGGCAAAGCUGGUAUCCUCAAAGGUAAAUUCGAGUACGGCACCGCGUUUGGUGGCAGUAAGCUCGAAGACAUGUCGCGGGCUCUGAUCGAGGCGGGUUAUAGUUAUGAUGGCAAGGAUUAUCUCACCUCGGGCAUUACUGGAGAACCCCUUCCUGCCUACGUCUUCACUGGGCCGAUCUACUAUCAAAAACUCAAACACAUGGUUCAAGACAAGAUGCACAGUCGGUCUCGUGGCCCUCGAGCCAUCUUGACACGUCAACCUACCGAAGGCCGUUCCAGAGACGGAGGUCUGCGACUGGGAGAAAUGGAGCGCGACUGCCUCAUCGCCUACGGCGCGUCACAGUUGCUCCGCGAGCGGCUUAUGCUAUCGAGCGAUCAGCACCAGGUGGACGUCUGUGAAAACUGUGGUUUCAUGGCCUUCGCGCGAUGGUGUCAGCGGUGCAGCAAGGCAGGCGAACCGGGCUCCAACGUGGUUAGAAUGACUCUGCCGUAUGCGUUCAAGCUUUUGCUCAACGAACUUGGCAGCAUGAACGUCAAUACCAGGCUGAUUGUGUCCGAUGAGUUCCCUUCCGACGGCUCUAGGCGGGCUUGA